AUGGAGAGGCCUCGGCGGCAGCACGCGGGGCUCGGACAAGUCCUCCUGCUCUGGCUGCUGCUGCCCGCGGCGCCCGCGCCCGGGUCCGGGGCCGGGGCGGGCCGCCGUUUCCAGGGAGCACUUCGCCGGGCUCCUCGCUGCUUCGUUUGCCCAGAUGCAGCCCUUCGGUUAAGUUGUUUUUGCUUUUCUUUCUUCCCCGGCGCCCGCAGAGUAGGCUGGCUCCGGAGCAAGUACAACUUCAUCGCCGAGGUGGUGGAGAAGGUGGCGCCCGCUGUGGUUCACUUGCAGCUGUUCCGCAGGUCACACCUCGGCAGCAGGGACCUCCCCACAUCCAGUGGCUCUGGGUUCAUAGUGUCUGAGGAUGGGCUUAUUGUUACUAGUGCGCAUGUGCUCACUAACCAGCAGCGCAUCCAGGUGGAGCUCCAGAGUGGGGUCCAGUAUGAAGCCACCGUCAAGGACAUUGACCAUAAAUCCGACCUUGCCCUGAUUAAGAUUGAGCCAAAUACUGACCUCCCUGUUUUGUUGCUGGGAAGAUCAUCUGAUCUUCGGGCUGGAGAGUUCGUGGUGGCCUUGGGCAGCCCAUUUUCUCUGCAGAACACAGUGACUGCAGGGAUCGUCAGCACCACACAGCGAGGGGGCAAAGAGCUGGGGCUGAAGGAUUCAGACAUAGACUAUAUCCAGACUGAUGCCAUCAUUAAUCACGGGAAUUCUGGGGGGCCUCUGGUGAACUUGGAUGGUGAUGUGAUUGGCAUAAACUCGCUGAAGGUGACCGCAGGAAUCUCCUUUGCGAUCCCCUCCGAUCGCAUUAGGCAGUUCUUGGCAGAAUACCACGAGCGCCAGUCGAAAGGCAAGGCUCCUUUGCAGAAGAAAUAUCUGGGCAUGCGAAUGCUGCCCCUCUCUUUGAACCUUCUUCAAGAAAUGAAAAGGCAAGAUCCAGAUUUCCCUGAUGUGAGCUCUGGGGUUUUUGUGUAUGAAGUGAUUCGAGGAACAGCUGCUGAGAGCUCUGGGUUGAGAGACCAUGAUGUGAUUGUCAGCAUCAAUGGGCAGCCAGUUUUUACCACAGCCGAUGUCAUUGAAGCUGUUAAAGACAAUGCUUCCCUUUCCAUUAUCGUGCGUCGAGGGAGUCAAACCUUGUUUCUCACAGUCACACCCGACAUAAUCAGUUAAGCGUCUUGCUUUAGAAGACAUUUAACAAAACCAAAGUUUUAUUGCCUGGUUUGUAUGGAAGAUGUACUGAAGAUGGCAGGGGUUUCUGGAGCUCUUUCUCAUUAAGAAAAAUGAUGUCUAAUUAAAUGCAUACACACAGGGCCGGCAUUGCCAGGCUCGGGGAGCCACUCUGCUGCACAAUAGCCUUUGUAAGCCAAGUAGAAGGACAUCGUGCCACAAAGUCUUGAGUUGAUAAAAUUUUAUUUACAGAAAGGAGACAACUAAAAAGCAGGCACAGUUUCUAAUAAAACCUUGACAGAGAGACACUUCAUUAUUUUAAGUCUUAUCUUACAACCACAAGCGAGAUAUAACACACACAUAGACAAAUUGAUCUAUUCACCAAAUACUAAGAAACAACCUGAGCUCAGGGUGUAAAAUAUUUUAAUAUUACUGCUUUCUUUAGUCAGUUUUCCAGGUUUUAUCACAUUUGACCAAAGUUUGUGGACAUUAUUUAGAAGUUAAGGGGCUGGGGAUUUAGCUCAGUGGUUCUGCUGCCUGCCUCACAAGUGCAAGGUCUUGAGUUCAAUUCCUGGUACCAAAAAAAAAAAGUGCUAUUUAGAAGGUUAAGUCAAAACUUAAUAAUGGGGGAUUGUCACACAAGAGUAUUACUAAUGACUCUCAAAUUAUCAGUCUAGCAGUAGAAAUAACUUUAGUAACCAACAGGGCUUCUAACAAAAUAGUUUUGUGAAAAUGUACAGACUUUUAAGUUUUUUUACUGGAGUUUUUCCUGGCAAUAACAAUGAUUUCAAAGUUCAUUUUUUCAAGAAAAUAAAUUUUUCUUUCUUUUCUUUUUUUAUGGGGGGCUUGAACCCAGGGGCACUCUAACACUGAACUACCUCCCUAGCUCUUUUUAACUUAAGACAGCGUCUCACUAGGUCACCUGGGUUGGGCCCAUAGUAGCUACUCCAAAGUAGCUGGUACAGGCAUGUGUCAUGGUGUCUGGCUAACAAAGUAGCUUUUGAUGGUGUGUGCAAACAUUUUUAGGGAAUAGUUUUUUUUGUGUGUGUGUGAGACGAGGCAGGUUUAUAGGUUAAAAGUAGUAUCUUAUUCGGAAUUAUUAGUUCCUGUUUUUCAAACUUCCCCUAAAAAUGAAGUGCUUUGUUGUUUUUGUUUUUUUGUAUUGGUCUACAGAUCAAAUACAGGGCCUUGUACAUACUAGGCAAGAGCUAUCCACCUAUGCCAAAAGUAAUAUAUAUUUUUUUAAUAUGGUAACUUUGGGGGCUAGGGAUUUAGC